UCGGUACAAGCAAGCAAACAAGAAGAAGACGAAAGAAUACACAAUCAAUCCCCCUCCUUCCUUCCUUCUAAAGAAGAAACCUUUGCUGAGUAAUCUGCAUUCUCUCUCGAUCGACUGAAUUCUUCUUCUCCGAUCACUGUAUCGGGGGGAAUCCACUCGAAUAGCUCUUUCCGUCUCUCUGGUUCGUGUUCCGAUGACGACGUCUCCGGAAGACGAAAAGGCGGCUCUUUUGAGAGUUGAAGACGACGUCGAGAAAGGGGCUAAUCUGAAACUAAGUGAGGGUCAAGAAGAAUCAUCAGGGCAGGAGGAGAACGAAGAAUUAGAAGUGAAGGAGACUGCUUCGUCGCCGUUUUGGUUCUGGCUCAAGCUUUCUCUUUUAUUCUCUUUUCUCGCUGCCUUGGCCUUCGUUGCUUACAGAUGGCUCGGUCCGCUAAUCAUGGACAAGGAGCUUAUCCCUAUUAUUAAAUGGGAGAUAAGGACUUUUACGCAUCCAGUGUGCGGUCUUCUAGUCUUUGCAUCAGUGGCUUUAUUCCCUACGAUACUUCUUCCCUCUACUCCCUCCAUGUGGAUUGCUGGGAUGACUUUUGGUUACGGCUAUGGGUUUCUACUUAUUAUUUCGGCUGCUUCUGUUGGUGUUUCACUUCCUUACUUCAUUGGUCAUCUCUUCCGCCACAAACUUCAAGGAUGGUUAGAAAGAUAUCCUGAUCAAGCAGUGGUAUUAAGAGCUGCUGGUGAAGGGAAUUGGUUUCACCAGUUUCGAGCAGUCACUUUAAUCCGGAUUUCUCCAUUCCCUUACAUUCUUUAUAACUACUGUUCUGUUGCAACUCGUGUUAAGUACGGUCCUUACAUCACUGGAUCUCUCUUAGGCAUGGUCCCUGAGAUCUUUGUUGCUAUCUAUACAGGGAAUCUUGUAAAGACAUUAGCAGACGCAUCUUCUGCAGAUAAACACGGGCUCUCGGUUACACAGAUUAUUCUCAACAUUUUGGGCUUUCUAGGAACUGUAGCAACAACGAUUCUCAUCACGAAGUAUGCGAAAAGACAGCUGGAGACAAUGAAGAAAGAGGAAGAAGCAUUGUUGCAAUAAAACCUCCACGUGACAAACUCUGAGCUGCAGAAACAUCUCUUGUCUCACUCCUUACACAGUUCAGGUCUGCUCCAAGAUGUGAAAGAGCACUGUUUUUUUUUGUCUCUUUGGUUCUUCAUCUCUUUAAUUAACAAAAAAAGAAGAAGAAACAUAUGGUUAAUUAGAAUGAACACAGGAAGAAUCUAACACCAUUCUUGAUUCUUGGGUGUAAGUAAGUAUUGUGUACUUGUGUGGUUUUGAUGUGGUGACAUGAAUGAAAAAAAAACAGAUUGUUGUUAUUUGCAGUGGUAUUGGGAAAAAUGAGAGAAUCUUUGUUUGAUUUACU